AUGCAUUGUGUUGCCUUGGGCAUGACCAGAUCAGACAUGAAGCAGUUCAUGGGGCAUGUGAGUUUGAUGUUUCACCUGGGCAAGGUUUUCGCUAUUCAUGUGAGAUUGCUCUUGAAUUUCCAAUGCUGGCGUAUACGUGAUGGAAUACCUCAUAAUGAGGAUGGAAUUUCCUCGCUAACUUCUAUGAUUAUGUUGGAUUUCGCUGAAACAAGUAAUAUUGCUAGCUUACAAAAUGCACAAAAGUCAUGUGAUGCCCAAACCCGCUCAACAAACAGGACAACCUCAUCUAGGAAACAGGCCAUCGCAACUCUUCAAUCUAAAGAACUAGUUGUUGCAAGCCUCAAGGGAGGCGAAAGGACAUGGAUUACAGAGCAUUUGUCAGAUUGGCAUGCCAGCAUCUAUGUCGUGGAUGAUGCGAAUACAAAGUUGACCAUUCCGAGUAAUAGAUAUAUUAUCGAUCACUAUGACAAACUGCCAGAUAUCAUGGUUUUCAUGCAUGGUGAACGUUAUCAAUGGCAUAACGAUGACCCGAUUUACGAUGCAGUCCCAAUCAUACGAUCUCUUCGCCUUCCCCAUGUGUUCAGCGCUGGCUACGCUCCGCUCCGCUGCGCAUGGAUUCCCGGGUGUCCGGAUGAAUUGUAUCCAUUAAAUCCCAUAGAGAAGGGCCCCGAAGAUCGCAGACUCACAGAAGCUGCCUACGCAUCCGCAUUUGAAACCAUGCUACCAAAUACCCCUGUCCCGUCGGUUGUCGGGGCCCCGUGCUCGUCUCAGUUCGCAGUGACACGCGACCAAGUAAGGAAGAGGUCGAAACUGGCCUAUGAACGCAUACGCCGCUGGGCCAUGGAAACGGAUCUUCCGGACCGCAUUAGUGGGCGGAUUCUGGAGUAUAUGUGGCAUAUCAUUAUGCAAAUGCCAGCAGUGUAUUGCCCACCAGCAGCGGAGUGCUACUGCAUGACAUUUGGUUUGUGCAACUUGACAUGCAGUCGCAUUACCAACUGCGAGAAGAGGUAUAUUCUACCGAAAGUUGUGACGGUGCCCAACGGCUGGCCGGAGGAAGGUGGAGGAAGAAAUGGCUGGCCAGUCCCUGGCUGGAACGAAUGA